ACAGCAGAAGAAGAAAUCGGUAAAGAUGGCGGAGAAGAGCAGCAGCAGUAGCAGCGACCACACGCAGGACGUCACUGCGAAUAAAGAUGAAUCUCCCGGAGGCAACUCGAUGGUGAUUAACGUCCGGACGCCGGAGGGGACGGAGAAAAUCGCGAUCUGGGAGGAGUCCACUGUUUCCCAGUUUAGACAGGAAGUAUCCAAACGAUAUGAGGCCCCCCAGAACCAACUGGUGCUGAUAUUCACAGGGAAGGUUCUAAAGGAUAAUGAUACUCUGAAGCAGUAUGGCAUCAAAGACGGACACACCGUUCAUCUUGUUAUCAAGAACAUUCCAAAAUCAACAGAUGGCCGUGCAUCUCAGACCAUCUCCACUACUUCACCACCUCAACAGAACACCAUCACUACCAGUACCAGCACCACCAGCAGCAGCAGCCCCAGCCCCACUGUAGCAGGCAGCACCGGUCAGACACCGAUACAACCUGCUGAUGCAAUGAGUGGACUCGGCGACCUGUCCGGCUUGUUAGGUCUCGGCAUGGGUUCACCCAACUUAAUGGAGAUGCAGCAGCAGAUGCAGAGGCAGAUGAUGUCCAACCCACAGAUGCUGUCGCAGAUCAUGGGGAAUCCGAUGUUCCGGAACGUGAUGUCCAACCCAGACCUGAUGAGACAGAUGAUGCCAGGCAAUUCUCCGAUGCAGCAGCUCCUCGAACAAAACCCAAACGUUUCUCGCAUGUUCAACAACCCUGAGUUUAUGAGACAGUUGCAGAAUCCUGAAACCCUUUCUACGAUGACCAACCCCAGAGUCAGACAGGCCCUAGAGCAGAUCCAACAGGGCCUGCAGAUAUUACAGACGGAAGUGCCAGGAUUCGUGUCCAGUGUGCCUACUGGUGGUCUCACAGUUCCUCCAGCCACAGGGGGCAGUGUACCUCCAGCCGCAGGGGGCAUUGUCCCUGCACAGAACUCCCCCUCUGCUGCCUUACCACCAGGAUCUAUUCCCUCUCAGCAGAUGCAGCAGAUUUUACAGAUGUUUUCAGGCGGUGGAGCAUCGGUGCCGGAGGCUCGUUUUCAGCAGCAGCUUGACCAGCUCAACGCCAUGGGCUUCAUCAACCGGGAAGCUAACCUGCAGGCGCUUAUCGCGACCGGAGGGGACGUCAACGCUGCCGUUGAAAGACUGUUGGUCUAAGGCUCCGUUCCUUUUGGGGAUCGACGCUGGAAAGAAUGUUGGAGUUGGGGACUAGGGAGGGAGAUUUUAAAAUAUAUUUAAUUAAUUUGAUGUAGAUAAAUUCAGUCCUCUGGGACAUUGAAGUCUGACCUGAACCCCAGAUUGAGUUAGAGCUGUUACUGUCACUUGUUUCCAAUAAUCUGAAAAUCAGACCCCACAACGGUCACAGCCACAGUUUCUCUUACUAGUGCAGACGGAGACAGUUUCAGGCAUGACUGAUGCAUAAUGACGUCUUCCACAUGAGGACGCAGAGAAAUUGAAGUUAAGUAGUUGUUUUUACAUUAUUUAAUAAUAAAAAAAGUAUUGUAUUUUAGUCUAAGAGUUUUAAAACUGGGUUCUGUUGCAGUAGGUCGGGUGAUGUUCCUCUCUCGGCACUCGGCUUGUUUUUUAUGUGAUUUAUUUUCACUCUUGAGCCUUAAUCUUUCCUAAUUGACAGGAAUUUAUUAACUUAUCUAUAAUAUUUAAUCCUGAUUUCUUUUUUUACACAUAUUUUCUUUCCUCAGAACUGUUUAAGUACUUCAUCAGAUUUUCAUGGUUGUUUCUGCUGCGUUAAUGUUUCCAGGAGAAGGAGAAAGUGAAAUGUUCAGGUUGUUGGACCAAGGCUAUGAUACUGUUAUGUUAGAAUAAGAUAAAAUAAACUGUAAAGCAACAUUGGCUCGACAUGAUUUUGUUGGUGGGUUUUCUCACAUUAGUAAGGAGGUAAAGUAAAUUCCAUUAAUGGUUACAAAUGACAACAAGCCAUUUUACAUAAUAUGGUUGUGUAUUUCCAUACAUGUUGUGUCAUACCUUAAUGUAUUUGAUAAAACUGCAGAAUACUGCAAAGAUUAAACGUAAAAUCUUUUGUCUACCUUUGGACUUUCAACCAAAUGUUUGUAGAUGAGAAAAUAAUUGCAUAAAGUUUAGUUGAUUUGAAUCCCUGGUUGUAAUGUUUAGCUUACAACCCCCCCUCCUCCGAAUCUAAAAUAGGUUCAUUUAAUGUCUUAGUCUCUGACAGUUCUGUGCAGUGAUGGAGAAAGAGAUUAAACAGAGUAAAUGUACAGUCAGCCCCAGGGUGCCAUGUUGCACAUGUGGAUUUGGUGAUCUCCUCUGUUAAGCUGUGUCUGCUGUUUUGGUUGCGUGACCAUCUCAUUUGUUUAGGUUGUGGUUGUGACUUAAAUUUGUACUGCUGUUUGUCAGUGUCUUUCCUUUUAAGAAAUUUGUUUUCAGUUCAUUAUUAAUAAAUUACUCUUUUGUUCACUCA